CGCCUUUCUUUUAUGAAUGAAUGAAAAACAUAAAAUUUUUAAAUCUGGAUAUUUAUAUAUUCCUUCCUCUUCAUUAUUAAGAAAAACAUGGUCUAAGAAAUGGUUUAUUUUGGUAGAUCCAGUCUCACCACGAUUGGAAUGCUAUGAGUCUGAAAAACAUUAUUCAAUGGAACUUUUGCUUAAGAAUGGAUCAAAGCCAAAAAAGCAUUUAGCAUUAUCUCAGAUAUUAUCGAUAAAAGACAAGCCGAAUAAGGGUCGUCCGCUAACUUUCGAAAUCGUAUCCAAGGGGACUAAGAAUCAGAACAUAGUUACCUUAGCAGCUGCCGAAACGGAGACAGACCUGAAUAGCUGGUUAACGGCUCUAAGACUGAUCAAGGGAAAUUGUACGAAGAAUUGGGAUAAAGAAGAUAAUAUCAACGAUAAACGAUUAAUGGGCCACCCAGAAAUUCAGGUGACAGACGGCGACAAUAACCCUAUUGUCAAUUUAAAAUCGGAAAAUAUAGUUGAAAAGUCGUCAUUAGGAAAAAAGACCAACCUCAAGGGAACUUACAAUAAAGCAAAAGAUAAUAUCGGCAAAACGCCGCCUACCACUAACUGCAACGAAUCUACCGAAGCCAAUAUCAUUUCCUCCAAGGCCAAAAACGAGCAACCAUUCUUGGAACCGGAGUCCAUUAUUAUCCCAGAGGAAACUAAGAGUACAGAUUCGACAUCCCUUAAUCCUAGUGAAGGAAACUUGCGUAAGUUAAUCAAGGAAAGUUUCGAAGAACACGAAAAUUUGGUUUACAGCUCAGCUGAAUUGCCAACUGGUUACAAGGUGAGCUUAGUGCCAACCGAACCCUCUAAAAGGUGCAAAUUGCUCUCGUCAGCUAUUAACCAUCCUGACGAUGAAGGUGCAGAAAAGGAAGGAGAUAGGUACUACCUAUUGGUAUCCUCGCAAAAUAUAGCUCUUUCUUCAACCUUGCUCAAUGGGAAACCCAGCAAUCAUUACCUAUUCGUUUGGCCUUACCGUUAUAUACGGCGUUAUGGCAGGAGCCGCAAUGGCAAGGCUUUUACCUUCGAAGCAGGACGAAAAUGCGAAAGCGGGGAGGGUUUAUUUACGUUUAAAACGAAACUCAACCUGGAACUAUUUUUACAAGUCGCGCGGAAUAUGAAACGAUUAAAGGAAAGACUAGUCGCUAAUUCGCCAGAGGGUCUCGCUCCACUUCCGAAUGGGAAUGAAAAAAUUAUCGACGAAAUAAUUUUUCCGUUAGCCAUUGAUCUGGAUCAUGUGACCGCGAAACAUGCUAUAAAUUGUAAUGGAAUGCAGGCAUCGAAGGACUUAAAAGAAAUUGACGGCCCCAAUGCGGAAAACAUGGUUGUGAAAGAUAUAACUUCUAAGUUACCAUCUCCACCUUCAAAUCAUUUCUAUGACGAAUUGAAUGAUGUAAUUGAAAAGGGGGGUUCAGAUUCUAUUUUAACAACCCAAAAAUCUCGAAGCUUCGCUCGCGUCACUAACCAUAAAGAUCUUACUGCUCUCCAAAUCCAAACCGACAUGGCUUUUAUUUCCACUAUCGCCCCGAACCCGGAAGCGAGUAAUUUGCCAGCACCUUCUUUUAUGUCUGAGAUGGAAGCCACUCAACACCAUUAUGGGAAUUGCGAUGGAAUACUGGACUUUGGUUCUGGUUCCCAGAACGAAGAAGAAGAUACAGAAAAAAAGUUUUUCUACCAUGGAGAUAUAUCUCCUCCUAGUUCCACCUUGGCUUUUACUUCAUCCGAUAUAUCGUCUGACGAUAAAGGUGUCCUCGAAGCUCUGAACGAACUCAACAACGUUAUCUCCACAUACGGUCUUACAGCAGACGAUAGAACUUCUGGUCGGAAAGGCUAUUACGAGGCUUGCGCGGUCAAUGGGGAAAUGGUUAAUGGACCAAAAUCUAAGACUGGCCUUAUGAAUACCGAAUUUAGGGAUCCCCAAGGACACGCAAAUAAGCCUAUCUUAUAUUCGCAAAUUCAGAAGAAGAAACUCGUGAAUUUUUGAGCUUAUAAAGAUUAUCAUCAAAAUUUUUUUUGAUCAUAACAUUCGUAUUAUAAUUCCCAUUUAUGUAAAAGAAUCUUGUAAUAUAUAAUAAAUUAAAUUAUAAAGGCUCAUAUUUAUUUUAUAAGCAAAAACCAUUUCAUAGUUAUACAAAAUUUCAUAAUUGAUUUGAUAUUAUAUUUGUGGCCAUUUUUACAUUUUAGUCAGACAUCUUCGAUCAAUUUCCCCAAUUUUCCUGCUCAAAGAGCUUCAUUUUAAUAUAAUUUGUAUUUUUCCUAAAAAUUUAUUAUUUUAUAUAUAAUAAUUACAUGUUGCUCUUAAAUAAUUGGAAUGGGCUCUGUAUAUCGUUUUAUUUCCUUGAGAUGACUCAAAAUUUUUUAAAGAUUAUUUAUAUAGAAGUAACUAUCACAAUAUAAUCGUUCUCUCUACAUUGUAAAUAAAUGCAUACAGAGUCUAAAUUUUAUUUCUUAAUUAAAAAAUGAUUCAUUUAAGGCAAUAAAUAUUUUUUUUUUAAAAACUAAGAAAUAUUUUAUAAUAAACUCAGGCUUUUUUUAAAAAAUGUUCUUACACUUAUAUAAUAGUUAUUAUAAUUUUAUUGUGAAGUUUUUAAUUGCCCAAUUUGGACCAGGAUUUCUUGGCCCAAGAACCAAUGUAGUUUUUUUAAUUAUUUAAUUAUUUCCUUCUGUAUUAUAUUAGCAAAUAACCGAAAAAUAUAUCAUGUCAAUUUAUAAUUAUAAUAAUUUGUUUAACAUUAUAAUUCGAAUAAAUUAUAUUUUUUUUGGUAAUCAAAAUUAUUUAUAAUAAUAAAAAAGUUAAUUUUUAA